AAGAUAAAUUAAUUAAUUUAAGAAAUGAAAUAUUUAUUUGUAUUUAUCAAACACUAUUGUAAGGAAAACAUUACUACAAUAUAUUUUCUUUUUCAGCUUGAUAAAGUCUUAUCACCGAAAAUGAACGCUAGACCAAAAAGUGUUUGCGAAGGUAUGCUCACAAGAAACUUUUUAAAUGAAAAUCCGCCGCCAAUUCCACCGCCACCCCUUAUUUACAGUAUUCCUACUACACAAAUCUCAGAUGAUAGUUUAUCAGAUGAUGAUACAAAAACAACAGCAGUAUCGACAUCAUGCAUACAUAAAGCCACAAUAACAGAAGGUUCAUGUAAUAGUAUUUCACGUAAAACAAAAACUACGAAACGAAUAGCUAGACAAGCACAAUUAAAAAGAUUGCGUAUGGCUCAAGAAAUACAAAGAAAAUUAGAAGAAACAGAAGUUAAACAAAGAGAAUUGGAAAGCAGAGGUGUUAGCGUUGAAAAAGCUCUUCGUGGAGAAGGUGAAUGCUCCGAUCGAGAAGAAGCAGAUUUACUCAGAGAGUGGUUUGACCUUAUGAAAGAACGUACAGAAUUGCGUCGAUAUGAAAAAGAGCUUUUAGUACGAGCUCAAGAGGUUCAACUUGAAGAUCGCCAUGAAAGAUUGCAACAAGAAUUACGUGAACGCUUAGCUGAUGAUGAUAAUAAAAANNCCAGUGCCGAUGUAAAAAAGGAAGGAGAAAUUUUAACAGAAAUGUUGGAAAUAGUCGCAAAACGGGAUUCGCUUAUUGCACUUUUAGAAGAAGAGCGACAAAGGUAUCAAGACGAAGAUCGUGACCUUGAAGCUCAAAUGUUGGCCAAAGGCCUCAGAUUAACACCAAUAAAAAAAUGUGGUCCUAAGUAUUCAGUUUAAUAGGAAUCACAUUAUUGUACAUAUACAUUCUAUAUAUUCAUUGAUAAAUUUUAUUAAAUAAGUAAAUUAAGUAUAAUGUAAAUAAGAAGUAAAUCUUAUAAGGAUCAAUUUGAUCUUAAAAAGAUCAAAACUAAAAUUUUAUGUUAUUUUUUUUUUAUGUAUUGAAAGAAAUUCAUUUGAAAUGUUGUCUUUCAUUGUAUAUGUGCAAAUCUCACAUAUUUUAAAAAAUUACAGAUCAAUUAUUAUAUUUUAGAUUCGAUUUUUACAGAUUAUUGUGUAAUAUAACAUUCUUUUUGAGCAUAUAUUUAUUAUAUGCGUUUUUAAGAAGUUUUAUUCAUUUGUAGUAUACAUUUUUUAUCUAUUGUAUAUUAUAUAUUUUUAAAUUGUCAGAACAAACAUGGAAUUGUAUUAUAAAUGAAUUUCAAUUCUUGUUGCUUAACAUUAAAGGUAAGAUAAAAUAAAUAUUAUUGCACAUCUGUUGUGCAAAUUGUACAGAAAAUUGCAAUAUGACAUUAAUGGAUUUGAAGAAAAUUUUAUGAAUAUAUAUAUUUUAUCAAUGCAAAA